AUGCGGGCACUGCACUCACUUGCCGGGAUCCCAGGAGCUGGAGAGAUGAACAAUGUGAGCAGGAAUGAGACUGAGCCGGGCUCCCAGUCCCCGGGACGUGAUUUGCCGGCUCUGAUUCUCGGCACUUUCCUCAUCCUCCUGAUCACCGCCGGGAACUUACUGGUUUGUCUCAGCGUCUGGACCGAGAAGCCGCUCAGGACAACCACCAACUUCUUCAUCGUCAGCCUGGCCGUGUCUGACCUGCUGCUCGCUGUGCUCGUCCUCCCACUCUAUGUCUACUCACAGUUUCAGGGUGGAGUCUGGACACUUGGCUCAGGUCUUUGUGAUUAUCUAAUGACUGUGGAUGUGAUGCUGUGUACAGCUUCAAUUUUCAAUCUGUGUUCCAUCAGUGUAGAUAGGUUUAUUGCUGUGUUGAUCCCACUGAAUUACAACAGGAAACAUGUAGAUCUCCGGCAGAUAGUCUUGAUCUCCAUGACCUGGAUCCUGGCGUUUGCUGUUGCCUCACCGAUUGUCUUUGGGCUGAACAAUGUUCCUGACAGAGAUCAGACUGUGUGUCAAUUGGAGGAUAACAAUUAUAUCAUUUAUUCUUCGGUCUGCUCCUUCUUCCUCCCCUGCCCAAUUAUGCUGCUUUUGUAUUGUGGUAUGUUCCGAGGCCUCAGACGAUGGGAGGAAGCACGGAAACGCAAGCUGAGGCAUAACUUGCAUGGUUUCAGGAAAAUUAAUGGAGACCCCUCGGAGCCGCAGAGUCCUCCCCCGCUAAUAGACCGAAGUCCGACGCAUGUCAAACAUGAAGAACUGCAUCUCUUUCAAAAGUCAGACUGUGAUUUAUCAAGACAGUUUGUGGACAGGUCCAUUCAGACUGUAACUUUUUCAGAAGUCAAGUACGUUCGCUCACGCCUAGGGAACAGGAGGAAGCGUGCAAAGAUUAAUGGAAGGGAACGCAAAGCAAUGAAAGUGUUGCCCAUUGUUGUGGGUGCUUUUCUCUUUUGUUGGACUCCAUUUUUUGUGGUCCAUAUAACAAGAGUAACUUGUGAAACCUGCCACAUUUCACCUCAUCUCCUCAACAUCGUAACAUGGCUCGGAUAUGUCAACAGUGCUGUUAAUCCAAUCAUUUACACCAUCUUCAACAUGGAAUUCAGGAACUUCUUCAGAAAGGUGCUGCACCCCUGUUGCUGACAUGAAACUCUAUUGUAGAAGUGAUAUAUACAUAAUAAUGCUAGUUCCUUGUUUUAUAUAGAUGAUUAAAGUUAUUUCCUGCUGUGACAUUCUAUUUUCUCCUAACCAUAACUGUCAGGAACCUCCACAUUUGGAGAUUAACGGAAGGAAAAUGAAUCAGUCCCAACAGGUCAAUUAAUCACCAUGACCAACACCUAGAUGCAAUCCAUGCAGGAAACUAAGUGGAAUUGGAAGUUCUGUUUAAAAUGUGCUAAUUUGCAAAAACUUCUAUCUAUGUAGCAACUUUUAUAAUCUCAGGAUGCCCUAAAGCCCUUCAUAAUGAAAUGCUUUUGAAGCAUCUUCACUGUUCAGAUGUAGGACAUAUGGCAAUUUGUUUGCGCUCAGCAAGCUCCUACAAACAGCAAUGUUAUAAUCACCAGAUAAUCUGUUUUAAAGCCUGUAAUUGUGGAAGAAAUAUUGACUCUUUACCAGUGGUCAUGGAGUCUUUUGGUUCCAACUGAAAGCACUGACAAGAACUCAGUUUGUUGUCUCACCUGGAAGACAACACCACUGACAGUGCAGUAUUCCUCUGUUCUGCCAUCUCUGAAAUGCAACCCUCUCUCAGCACUGUCUCCAACUGUGUAGCACUCCCUCAGUACUACCCUAGGAGUUUCUGCCUGGGUUAUGGGAUCCAAGUCUUUGGACCGACUCGAAUCCACAACCUCCUGACUGAGAGGUAAGAAGUCUGCUCAUUAAGUUACAGCUCACCCAAAAGGUCUGAUGGUUUUCAUGGUAUUGAUCAGCAAGAUGUAACAGGUCCUCGUAAUGCUCACCCAAUGAAAUCAAAGUGUUGCAGGCAGAUUUUCCAUUCCAUUUGGAGCUUAACAGAUGAUGCAAAAAAUUUUUCACAUAAUUACUUCACCACUGCAUUGCUGGUUGAUCAUACUUACUGUAGUUGACACAGGCGACCAUCGCUCAUGACAGUGUGAUAUGUCUAAUGGGCCCUGACAAGUGUUGAUGA